AUGAGGCACCGCGGCUUCGGCCUAGAGCAGGAGAAGGAACGGAGGGGUUUUAAUCAUAUUAAUAAUGUAAAUAUCAAAGAGAGAAAAGAGGGUUUGUAUCAACGUGAAGCUAUUAGAGAAAAACCCAAGUACUGGUAUGGAUACAGGCAUGAUGGCCAUGAAGGUUAUGGGAAAAAUCUUCGUAAAAGUCGAGCUUCGACUAAAAGACAGACUGAUAACGGCAAACCAGAGAAGUACCCAGAAGCUCAAGAAUUUUUAAAGUAUGAUGAUUACAUUAAGGAUAAAAAUGACGUACCCAACGCAACAGACUAUCCGACUUAUUUUCAUAUGGGUAACUACUACAUUCGCGACGACUCACAAGCUGUGGGUCAUCCGCACGAUCUCGCAUCCCAUCCGUAUUUUGUAAAAAAUAUACAAUUCAACUUAAGACCAGAAAGACAUCAAUUUUCGGAGAAAAUUGUAAAACUUGGAAUUUUGUUACCCGCUGAUGAAAACCAAGUUUUUUCUCUUGGAAAAGUUUUGCCCAUCAUAGAGAUGGCAAUACCAGCUGUUACGGGAAGUGAUGGUCCUUUACCAGGUUGGACCAUCUUAGUUGACUACAGAGACACAAGAUGUUCUUCAGUUGAAGGACCUUUAGCUGCUUUUGAAUUUUACGUCCAUCAAGCCGCUGAUGCGUUUAUCGGUCCUGGUUGUGAGUACGUCAUCGCACCAGUGGCGAGGUACGCUGGACCUUGGGGCAUUCCAGUCCUGACCGCUGGGGCGCAGGCCGAAGCUUUUGGGUACAAAGAACCCAGUUACAGCACCUUAACCAGAAUGAUGGGAAGCUACACACAAGCCGCCGUCGCGAUCCGCAAAGUUUUUGAGGAGUUUAAAUGGCGUCGCCUGAGCAUGUUUUACCACAACUAUGAUCCAGCUUCGGGGAAAGGGAACAGCCCUUGUUUCAUGACCUUAAGCGCGGUGGUCACUGUUCUUAAGAAGAACAAUAAAGGAGAUAAUAUAGCAACUACCAUACCUUUCGAUGAAAACAACAUUACUACCACAAAGAUAAAAGAAUUACUACAAAAGUUAUCGAAACACAGCAGAAUUGUGGUCGUGUGUGCGAACCCUAGCACAGUUCGUGAGAUAAUGUUGGCAGCGGACGACUUGAAUAUGGUGUCAUCUGGCGAAUACGUGUUCUUUAAUAUCGAGCUAUUUUCUAACCUCGCAUCGGCCUCGUCAAAAGAACCGUGGAAAGUGGAAGGUGAUACUGACGAGCGAAAUGAAAAAGCCAGGAGAGCAUACAGUGCUGUGCUUACCGUCACCAGCCCAGCACCGGAGAAGAAAGAGUAUCUGGAGUUCUCUGAUCAGGUGAAAGUGUUAGCCGCUACGAAAUACAAUUACACAUUUGGUAAAGGCGAAGUGGUAUCUACGUUCGUAGCAGCGUUCUACGACGCAGUGCUCCUCUACGCGCUCGCGCUCAAUGACACGCUACGCGAUGUUGAAGAUCCAAGAGGACCGCUAGAUGGCGCUGCAGUUAUUAGAAAAAUGUGGAACAGGACUUUUCAAGGUAUUACUGGAGAAGUGGAUAUCAAUUCGAAUGGUGAUCGCGUGGCUUCCUAUUCGCUUCUGGAUAUGAAUCCUAACACGAGCCAGUUUCAGGUUGUAGCCACGUAUGUAGCAGCUGAUUCAACUCUGCAAUUCAUCAAGGACCGACCUAUCCACUGGGCUGGUGGUAGAACUACUCCGCCACCAGACACUCCAGUUUGUGGCUUCGAUGGAUCACUCUGUCCUGAUAACUCUCUCCCAGUGUACGCGAUUUUGAGUAUAAUCCUCAGCUCAGUUGUGGUUGUUUUGGCCGUACUCUCCGUGUUUAUAUACAGGCAUUAUAAGCUGGAAGCAGAGAUAGCCAUGAUGACAUGGCGCGUCAGCUGGAGCGAUGUCCUUCAACCAGGCGGUCGGUUGCGUGGGAGUAUGCAUUCAUUGGCAAGAAGAUAUAGUACUGGGACUACAUUUUCGGAUGAAGCUACAUCGUUGGCCGGAGACAGGCAGGUCUACACUCCUUGCGGUUUCUACAAAGGCUGUCGAGUUGCUAUCAAAAAAGUGGACAAACAGCGCAUAGACCUCACAAGACCACUACUGCUCGAACUAAAGAAGAUGAAGGAUCUAGAACAUGAUCAUUUGGCAAGAUUUUUCGGUGCCUGUGUGGAUCCUCCUCAUUGUUGUCUCCUGACGGAAUACUGUCCUAAAGGAUCAUUGCAAGAUAUUUUGGAAAACGAGUCUAUAAAGCUGGAUUGGAUGUUCAAAGUCAGUUUGAUGCACGAUAUUGUGAAGGGCAUGCACUAUCUCCACGGCUCGGAUAUCAGAUCUCACGGCGCUUUGAAAUCGAGUAACUGUGUAGUGGACUCACGAUUCGUCUUGAAGAUCACAGACUUUGGACUACACGCGUUAAGAACUUCGGAAAAGGACUCAAGGGCGCACAGUUAUUGGACCCGUCUUCUUUGGACUGCACCAGAACUGCUUCGGACGGCUGAACCUCCUCCAGAAGGGACUCAAAAAGGAGACGUGUACUCCUUCGGUAUAGUUAUGCACGAGAUCGUCAACCGACAAGGAGCAUUUUGGCUUGGUCCUGGCAUUGAGAUGGCUCCAAAAGAAAUUAUUGAAACGGUGAUAUCAAGUGGGCUUCGUCCAAACACUUCUCACCACCGCGAGCGCUCUUGUGAAGUCGAUGACGCCACCGACCUGAUGCGGAGGUGCUGGGCUGAAGACCCUACGGAGAGACCCGACUUCGCUCACUUAAAGGGAGCGAUCCGACGCCUCAACAAAGGUCAAGCGAGUAGCAAUAUUUUAGAUAAUUUGCUUUCCCGUAUGGAGCAGUACGCGAAUAAUUUGGAAUCAUUAGUAAGUGAAAGAACACAGGAUUAUUUAGAAGAGAAGAAAAAAUGUGAAGAGCUGUUGUAUCAGCUUUUGCCCAAAUCCGUCGCAUCGCAAUUAAUCAAUGGCCAGUCAGUUGUCGCCGAGACGUUCGAACAAGUGACGAUCUAUUUCUCAGACAUCGUUGGGUUCACUGCACUGUCUGCGUCGUCCACACCUAUGCAAGUGGUCGACCUGCUAAAUGAUUUGUACACGUGCUUCGAUUCCAUUGUCGAGAACUACGAUGUUUAUAAGGUGGAAACCAUAGGCGAUGCUUACAUGGUUGUGUCUGGUCUACCAGAACGCAAUGGCACUCGGCAUGCCUGUGAAGUAGCUCGAAUGUCUCUCGCACUCCGGGAUGCCGUCAGCAGAUUCCGUAUCAGACAUCGGCCACAGGAUCAGUUGAAACUCCGGAUUGGACUUCAUUCUGUUUCCGCCCACGGUUUCGCCUGCCAGGAUGAGGGAAUUGAUGAGGGAUUGGGGAAGGGGAAGGAUUGGGCCUCCGGUCCUUGCGUAGCUGGUGUAGUUGGGCUUAAAAUGCCUCGAUAUUGCCUCUUUGGCGAUACCGUCAAUACUGCGUCCAGAAUGGAGUCUAACGGAGAAGCUCUCAAAAUCCACGUAUCCCCAGUCACCAAGGCACUACUUGAUCCGUUUGGGACCUUUAAUUUGGAAUGCCGAGGAGAAGUAGCUAUGAAGGGUAAAGGAAUUCUAGUCACAUAUUGGUUGCUAGGUGAAAAAGUAGAUCCUAACGCACCAAAAGACAAACCAUCAUUGGUCAAAACCCAGACACUUUCAACAGAAAGCGGAUCGCUAUCACAUUUGACACCAUUUAGACAAAGAUUAGAACAAAACUCCCGAUCCUCGAGUAGACGCGGAUCAGGAAUAUUUAUUCAAAGAACAGACACGAGCAAAUUAGAGAGAGAAGUUCAACCAUUGUUACAAAACCUAAGUAUUCAACGACAGCAUUCUGAUCCUACGGAACCAGCUUCGAAUGGCAUCUCAGACAAUGGUGACGACGUUGACAAACAAAGUGUCUCAAAUUCCAUAUCACUAAAUGUCAAUUCGUUGAAUCAUAAUUCAGUUCACUCCAGUCAACCUAGAGUGAAGUUGAAAGACCUACAAAACCAGAACUCAGUCGGGAACCACAAGACGAACAAAAUAGCGAGCUCAUUUGAUAACGGCACCAAGAAAGGAGCGGAGCGGUUAAAGGAUUACAGUAGUGUUCCAUUACUGUCCAAAGCUGAUACACCAAACGAUUCAAUUGUAUAG